AUGUCAGACAGUCGUCCAGUGAGGUUCAAUAUUCCUAAAAUAAAUAGAUUAACACCUCCCAGGAGCAACUUUAAAUAUUCUAAUUUUAAAGACACGUGUUGCACUUCUGCAUUUCCUGACAGCAGAUGCAACGAGUCAGUAAAAGAUCCUGAUGCAGAAUGUGAAGAAGCAAGUGUAACAAGUGUAUCAUUGCUACAGGAACAUUCUGAGCACGUCCAUCCUAGUGCCUUCUUUCCCAGGUCACCAUCUAUUGAAAAAGAAUUUAAUUCCAUCUCCUUAUCAGAAAAAAGAGAAGCAAAUAGAAGUGCAGAGUUUUUUGAAACUCCUAAAUCAAGUAGAAAAGGCUCCUCACUACGCAGGAGGCUUCUUUUACCCAAGACUGGUGAAGCUGGCACAACUAUAGGAUGCUGUGAAAGACAACCUAGUUCUUCAGGAAGCAUCAGGAAAAAAGUAUUCUCUUGUGUUUUGAGCUCUGAAGAAAAGCUCUCACAAACUGCUGCAGAUUCUCCAAAAGAUAAAGGUUACAGACCUCUGACAACUAGCACUUCAGUACCUGAGGCCUCUAAUCCUGGCUCUCCAAGACGGAGGCUUUCCUUUUCACAACAAAGGACUUCUACACUAGAUGAGUCCCAGUGUAAGGACCCCUUAUUGUUAGAAUCGGAAAGUUUAUCUCCAAUUCAGUGGAAGGAUGUCACUGCUAGUAACACUAACGAAUGCAAUGAAAGUGUUCUUUUGAGUGUUAAACGUGGAGUGCUUAGGACUCCUACAUACAGUGUAUUACCUGAGGCCAGUGAGGGUAAAUUCUUGACUUGUAUCACCAGUCCUGUAGAGAACUUGAACUUUGGACUGUGUGAUAUAAACUCUUCCCCUGUUAAGGUAGCAAAUUACCCAGAACUUUCAACGCCUGAGGAUAGCGGAUAUAAUUCACUUCCUUUGGACAAAUCAGGAGACUCGCUGUCUGAUUAUGAGGGAUCUUUCCAAGAGCUCUUCCAAAAGCACAAAGAAGAUUCCAAAACUUUAGACAGUAAAAGAAAGACAAGAAAACUUGAGCGAGUCAGAAGGUUAUCUACUCUUCGGGAGCUAGGCUCCCAGUCAGAGACAGAAGAUAAUCAUGGCAGUCCUACUUCAAUGCAUAUAAUAACAAAAGAAAGAAACUUUGUCAGUGAAGAUCAUGAGUUAGUUCUAAACGAGCAGCCUAGUGGAGACCUAGUUGUAAGUCAUGGAGAUCUCUCAAGAACUCCAGCUCUGCAAAUAGUUCAUGAAAUUUGCUUGCAAAGACAAAGAUCGCACCAAAAGCAAAUCUCAGAGAAUAUUGAUGGAACAGAAAUAUUUGCAUUAGAUCAUGUUCUUCCUGGACUUAUUGGCAAGAAAAUGGGCCUUGAAAAACUAGAUAUUUUAACAGAAUUGAAAGAUAGAAAUUUGAAACAUGUUCUUGCUAUAGUUUUAGAUGCUUUGACAGUGGAAAGUCUAUGCAGCAUUUGGAAAGUAAGCAAAAGCUGGCGUGAAAUCAUUGUACAAGACAGAAUUGCAGAUAAGAGGAGAAAGUUGUACACAAAACAGCUGAAUGAAGCAGCUCGGGAAUAUUUAUUGAAGGCUGAAGAUGCUGCUACAAGACUUAAUAUUCUCAAUAGAUCUGCUCUAAGGCCUGUUCAAGCUCAAGCCAGAACUCCUGUAUUACAGACACCACCUUCACACACUGAACUUACACCUAGGAGAUGCAGUUCUCUCCCCCACUCGGCUAGUAGGCAGGAAGAGUACAUGAAAGUUGCUAAGACUCUGUUCACUGAUGAAGCUCUAAAACCUUGUCCAAGAUGUCAAUAUCCUGCUAAAUAUCAAUUGGUGAAGAAACGGGGGCUAUGUAGCAGAGAAGCAUGUGCAUUUGAGUUCUGUAUUUUAUGUCUGCGUGCAUUCCAUGGGUCAAAAGAAUGUAAUGCUUUAUCUGCAAAACGGAAGAAUAAAAAAGAUGCUCCACCAGGCAGUGCCCAAAGCAAAAGAAAUUUAAAAAGACUCUAAAUUUGUAAGGCGUCUUUCAAUUUAAUUCCUUUUACCCUCCCCCUAAAUUCCUAAUCUUGUUCCUGUUCUUCCUAAGAGGAUGCAUUUUGAGAGUAUCGUCCCAUUUGUUCUUGCUGACUU